AUGAAUGAAACUGAACCUUUAAAAGAAUCUGAUUCGGUUCAGGAUUCAGCCUUUUUAGAACAGAACAAUGUUUUUGCAGUGGAUACAGCAGUUGUAGAAGAUAUACCAUUUAAAUUAGCUACAUCAGUAGAAAAUACAAUAGAAUUGCAAAAUGAUCAAGUUAAUGUUUCAUAUGGAGCCGAAAAUGAAGAAAAAAGAGAACUAUCUUCUCAAUUGAAAGAGUAUGAGAUGGAAAAUAGUAGUAUGGAGCAAAUAAGUUUAGAUUCGAUAAAUAAGAAUGUAUAUGUUAAAGAAAAGCAUAAAUAUAAAUUUAGAUUGAAAACGGGACUAUGUUACGAUGUACGGAUGCGGUUUCAUGCAACAAUUAAUCCAAUUGAUUUUCAUCCUGAAGAUCCUCGAAGGAUUUAUCGGAUCUAUAAAGAAAUAGCAGAUGCUGGGCUUAUUGAAUAUUACAAAUGGACAUGUUCAGGCUCGAAUAAAGAUGAGAUUAUGCACAGGAUUUCUGCAAGAGAAUUGACUCGUGAAGAAGCACUGCUAGUCCAUACAGAAAAUCACUGGGAUACUUUACUUCAAACAGAGGGGAUGUCUUUGAGUGAGCUUAUGUAUUUUGAAAGUAUUCAUAAUUCGGUUUAUUUCAAUAAUGAAUCAGCUUUUUGUGCUAGACUUUCUGCUGGAGGAACAAUUGAAACAUGUGUAGCAGUUGCAGAAGAAAAGGUUCGAAAUGCAAUUGCAAUAGUACGACCACCUGGUCAUCAUGCAGAAUCAGAUUGUGCUAUGGGAUUUUGUUUAUUCAGUAAUGUAGCGAUUGCAGCUAAAUGUAUUUUUCAAAAAUUUUCUAAUAUUCAACGCAUUUUAAUUCUAGAUUGGGAUGUCCAUCAUGGAAAUGGAACACAAAGAGUUUUUUAUGAUGAUGAUUCAGUACUUUAUAUAUCUUUGCAUAGAUAUGAAGAUGGAAGGUUUUAUCCUGGCACCAAGUACGGUAAUUAUGAUAAAGUUGGUUCUGGAAAAGGACUUGGAAAAACUGUUAAUAUCCCAUGGCCAUGCAAAGGAAUGGGCGAUAGUGAUUAUAUAUAUGCUUUUCAAAAAGUAGUUUUGCCUAUUGCAUAUGAAUACAAUCCUAAUAUGGUUAUAAUUUCUUCCGGAUUCGAUGCUGCUAUAGGGGAUGAAAUUGGCGAAUGUUUUGUCACUCCUGUUGGAUAUGCUCAUAUGACACAGAUGCUUAUGGGAUUGGCUCAAGGAAAAUUAGUAGCAGUACUAGAGGGUGGUUAUAAUCUUGAUUCGAUAUCAAGAUCUGCUUUAGCUGUAACAAAAACUUUAAUUGGAGAACCUCCACCAGAAUUAAAGAUAACUAAAGCUAGUGAUGCUUGUAUUCAAACUAUACAAAAAGUUAUAUCAGAGCAUUCAAAGUAUUGGAAUUGUAUGACUCCUAAGCACUUAGAAUUGAGUUUAGAGUCAUCUAUUGUUAAGAGAUUAGAUGAUGUUGUUCGAUGUUAUCAAACAAAAAAAAUGUUUGAAAAGUGGCAAAUGAUAGCAUUACCUGUAAUUAAAGAAUCGAUUUCAUCUUUUGAAAACCAAAUAAUCUGCACAAAAGAUUUUUAUAAAGUAGAAACUCUUGUUGUUAUUGUUCAUGAUACUCUUGAUGUUAUUGGAUAUUUUGAAGCUUCAGUAAAUAAAAUAAAUUUACAUAACUCAUUUUUAAUUGAUUCUCUUAAUUUGUAUAUUGAUUGGGCUAUUAAAAAUCACUAUGGUCUUAUGGAUGUUAACAUUUUUCCUUUAAAUAAUUUAAAUGAUGAGCCAUAUAAUUUAGCAUCAAUUACUAGAGAACUUUGUAUUUAUAUAUGGGAUAAUCAUUUAGAAAUGGUGGAUGCCAAAAAUAUAAUUUUUAUUGGCGUUGGACAAGGUUGCCAAGGAUUUAUUCAUUUAAUGGAAUAUCGAGAUAUUUAUGAUCGUGUCGAUGCAAUCAUACAAUUUUAUGGUAAUAAUCCUUUAAAAGCUGUUUCAGGAUUAAAUGAUGAAAUUUCUGAUUGGUAUUUUAAACAUUCUCUUGUAUUAACAAGUAAUGAUCAUCCUGUAUGGAGUCUUUCUAAACGAGUGAAAAAGAAAUUUGGAAAGGUCAUGAGAUCAGAUAAUAAUGAAAUGAGCAAAAUAAUUGCUGAUUCUUUUAAUAAAGUAUCUAAUUUUCUUUGUAAUAUUUUAGCAUCUAAUACCGCUAUUGUGGAUACUUAA